AUGCUGGCAUUACCAGGACCACUCUUUGAUAUUAGACAAGGAGUUGAUAUCAAAGGAGCCCAUAUGAUAAUUGAUCUAAAUGAAGCUAUUUCUGGUACAGGAGGUAGCUUUUGGGACUCGAGCAUAAUUCUUGCAAAAUUUUUGGAAGAAAAUAAUAGCCUUAUAGAAAAUAAAAUAACUCUUGAGCUAGGUGCAGGGAUAGGGAUAACCAGCAUAGCUUGCAAAAUUUUAGGAGCUUCUAGAGUUAUAGCAACAGAUUUAGGAGAAGUACUAAUUGGGGCAAGAAGAAACAUUGAGAGAAACUCUGUGACCAUAGACUGUGUAGAAUUAGAUUGGUUUAGUCCUUUCAGAAUCGAUGCAGAUAUUAUUAUAUCAGCAGAUGUAGUCUGGAUUAGAGAAUUGAUAAAGCCUUAUGUUCAAACUUUAAGAUUGCAAUUAACAGAUACGAAUUAUGCAAUACUUUGUAAUAAAAUUAGAAGUAUUCCAAUUCAUAGAGAGUUUAAGGCAGAACUUAAAGAAGCUGGGAUAGAGAUAAGAAAGCUUAAAAAGGAAAUAGAUUUCAGAAUAUGGAGGCUAUCUUUAUCAUCUCAAAUAAUUAAUUCAGAUAAUAUUGAUUAG